AUGCAUUCCAUUAGCCAGCCGAACAUUCAUGCUCACGCCCAGGCGAACCCCCAGAUGGGUUGUCCGCGACCCGUCAACAGGAAUGCACCACAAUUCCUGACUUCAUAUCAUACUGUGGAGGAAAACUGGCAAAUGACUGACGAACUCAUGGCCGAGAUUGAGCGUGCUGACUAUGCGCAGGCCAUGAGCCAACAACCACAACCUCCCGCUCCGGGAACGGUCGGCGUUGCGUACGCCGGCGGCGCACAAAGCGGUCCGGUUUACGUGCGCGAGGCACCAUCCCCUUACAAGGAUUCUGUGUUGGACAGGGUCAGAGGGAGCGGGCAUAAUAGCCCGAAAGAUCUGGAAAAUGGAAGGCGUCCGGUGCGCACAGAACGGGAACGUGAUAGGGACGCUCAGCAAACAAAUGAGAGCGUCCGAGUACGCGACCGACCGCUUCCUGCAAGUCCAGGGUCCUCUCAGAUUCAUCCACAGCCACGGAACUUGUCACCGGAACGCAAAUCCCCGCCUUAUCUCACCGCACAGAGUUCGUCAGGGGAGGGCCCGCCCACGAAUGAUUACGGCUCCUUCAAACGCGAGCCGUAUCAGCCACCGCAUACGCGCAUUCCUACUCCGCCGCCUACCGUGCGCAAACCUUCAGGUGCGCCGGUUACUAGUGAUGUGAGGACGACUCCACCAGCUGCGAGCAAGUUGGCCAGCCAAACACCACCCUUACAAGCCAUGAAGACCCGUACUCCCGAUAAAUCACUACCCGUUCAAGAAGAACAGGAAGACGAUGUUGCUUUGAAGAAGAGCACUGGUCACCUUCAGUAUGAUCACGGAAGUGAUCCUCACAGAGAUGAUGACGACGACGACACAUUAAUUGAAAAUGAUCACGAGUAUGCGCAUAAUGACAAUGACGAGGAUGGGGGUUCUGGGUCUUAUACGCCGAGGUCGCCGAGUGCUAACCUUCCUGAGCCACAUUACAUGCAUCCCGUUAACCAACGGGUGGCUAGCAUUGCCAAGCACCAUCGAAAUGGCUCCACAGACCAACUUGGUUUGCAGAGUUUUGAUGCGAUCGUCAACCAAAGAGUGCCUGUUAGGACAGCAGUAGAGCCUCGUGAGUACUGUGGUCAUGAACCUCCUUCGCGUCCUGAGCAAAACCGUGUGUUUAACGAGGCCAGGGACAACCGCGAUCAGCGCAAUGUAGAAGUCUCUCAACAGGUGCAACAAAAUUUCAACCAUAACCACAGAUCGCAUACCUUGCACACACAAGUUCACGUGGACGACCAGCAUUACGACGACCCUGCAGCAACAUAUCUGCAAACGUAUUUCCAGUCGGUCAGACCAAAUGCACCCAUCCCUCCGACGCCACACAGCCAGACUGCCGCACCAUCUCCGUCGCCGCUAAUCUCCAGCAUUCAACCCAGUCCAGCUCCGGUUGGGUCUCCAUACCCGUUCCCUUUUUCGCAUGUCCGACGAAAUGUUGCCUACGCGCCGCCAACGGCACCAUCAACCACAUACGACCCGGCCUCUAUCGAGGAACAAAUUGCACUUCAAAUGCAGAUGUAUGCGCUCAAUAAUCACGCUGUUCUCUCGGACUCUACAUUUUCGCCGUCGUCGACGCCGUUCCCAAGAUCAGGAUAUAACCCAUGGACUUUCUUGCAGUCGACUCGUGCAUUUGGUGGUACGCGUCACCGCUUUGACUCGAUGAGCAUGCGCUCUAGUCCAAGUCAUCAACCGGUAAACCUUCCGGCCCGAUCUUCCCGAGGGCGAGGUCUCAAGCGGCGCGAGAAAUCGGUCAAUUUGCGUAAGGCGGUCACGAGUGAGAAUGCAAGCCGGGACAAGGUCCAGCCGCCUCCUCGCGUAGAGAGUACGCAGCCAAGGGACACCAGCCCUGAACCGUGCUCAUCCGGGGAGGAGACUGCAGGAGAGGAGCGGUACGAUGUCCAUGAGGAGGUAGCGUGGGUUAGCGAUGACACGGAUGUUGAUGGGGAGUGGGUGGAUGAGGGCGAGGAUGACAGGGAGUUGAUUUAUCUGGAGUAUCACCCGACAUAUAUUUCUAAUUUCGACAAGCGGCGGCGGAGGUGGGAGGCGCGAUGGGAAGCACUGCAGCAAGCGUUCCAGGCACUCGAUUUUGAGACAGAUACCACUAUGGUGUUGCUUGCUGCGCCGUCUCAUUCUAACAAGCUCCAUUCGCUUACUUCGCGUUUCGUUCGACGGGAGCAACUUGACAAGUCGCCAGCCAUGGCCACCGUCCGUACAGCAUUUAAGGGUAUCGCGAGCCGCCGGCGUGCUGCGCGCACACGGAACACGUCUCUCAUCCAGCAGCUAGCAAACGCCAGUACCACAUCAGGCGACGGACCCGAUGGAAACUCCGAUGCCCGAGAGGGUGAACUAAAGCGGGCUCUCGGGACUGCGCUGGUAAGUCUAGACGAACUGCGGACGAUCUACGAGCAGCGCGUAGCGCGGUGGGAGCACGAGAUGGAGCGUAUUGUCGACGAACGGGACCAUGUUGAUCUACUGCUCCGCCAGACCCUCGGGGUGAGCUCGCAGCAGAACGGUACGGGGCAUGGAUGA